AUGAAUAGAAGCGAUAUUAGCUCUCCCCUUGGCUAGCGAUCUAUUUUAGAGAAAUUAACCCCUUUUGCUAGCAAACAAAAUAUUUUUGUGAUAUAAAAUAUUGGUGAAAACUAUAUUUUAUAUUUAAUUAAUGACUAUUAAAAAAAACCCCUAAUAUAAGCUUAAAAUAGAUUAGCCGUUUGCAAGCUAAAACUCACUAAUUCACAAAAAGGGGGAGCAAGUAAAAAAUUACUCAGAAUCACAGCAAGCGUCUCCACUUGGCUCAAAGACUCACACGGAUUAUUUGAUUACGAGUCUAAAUCUCUCGUAAAAUCUACCAUUAACAUUCAAUCUCCUUGUGUCUUGAUUCGUUCAGCUAACGACGUAGUAAUUUCUUCAGACUUUAAAGGAAAUACUACAGAUUUUUAUAAAAAUUUAGCUAGCAUCAAACUUAUCGAUGGUAUCUUCUAUAUAUAUUUUUUCAAUUAAAUAUCCCGUUUAAUACUAUAUUUUCGCAUUUACAAGGGCCCUUUGGCCUAACUAAAGGCUUAUAAAUUCACCUUAAUUCAAAUUAUUGCAAUAUAUGAUUUUUUUAAAAAUAAAUAAUCCGAUACAAAAUUCAUUAAAAUCCCAUAUAGGCCAUUUUGCAAUAGCUCCUUCAGAUUGAAUUGACGGAAAAAAGUGUGACAGAUCCCAAUACGAGCGAAUUUGACUUGUCGUGAAAAGCUUAAAAUCCACCCCCAAAGGCUAUAGACUCUGUGAAGGAGACGUCAUAAAACUAGGCCGAAUUAAAUUCAGGGUAAAAGAGCUGCAUCAAAAAGAAUUCCAAGACCAAGACAGUAAAGUCAAUUUACAAGAAAUUCUCCAAGACUUGGAUCACAUUGAAAGCGAAGACGAAACUGAUGGGAAAACUUUUAAGCUGCCUUGCAGAAUUUGCUUAAGCGAAGUUUAUCAAACUAAUAACCCCUUGAUAUCUCCUUGUAAAUGCAAUGGAACUAUGAAAUAUAUUCAUUUAAGCUGCUUGCGGAGGUGCUUGAAGUCAAAAAUCGUGAAAAAAGCCAACGAAAAUAUAUUCAAAAAGAUUAAUUUUUUUUGAAUUAUUAUAAGACAAGCACUGUAAAUAAUUUAAAAAUAGAAAUAGCCUUUUUUAGAUUUUUUAGGCUUAUUUAAGCUGAGUUUAUGAUAUCACUUGCGUGGAAAUCUUUAAGCUGUGAACUCUGCAUGAAAAACUAUCCCUAUAAAAUCGCAAUUGGCGAAAAAGUGAUAGACCUUAUAGAAGUCCCGAAACCUCCUGGAAACUAUAUUAUUUUAGAAGCUCUGAAUAAAGACAAAGUCUCUCACAAGGGUCUAUUUGCUUUAAGUCUUGCUAAUAAAACUGCUAUAAAGCUUGGCAGAGGAAAUGACUGUGAGCUUAGAGUCAGCGAUAUUUCAGUCUCACGGUUCCAUGCCCUUAUAAGAUACCAAGACGGAGCGUUUUACCUUGAAGACCAUCAAAGUAAAUUUGGGACUUUGGUACAAGUAAAGCGUCCACUUCUGCUAGAUGUAAAUUCUCAUUUUAUGAUACAGGCUGGAAGAUCGACUGUUGAAGUAUCAGCUAAAAGACCAUGAAGCUUUUUUUCAGGGUGUUUUAAAACCUAUACAUCAUCAUUUGAUAUACUGGGUUGAAUUAAAGUUGCUAAUAUAAGGCUUUAUUUAUAAUAGUGACAAAUUCAGAUUAUUUCUGCAUAUUUAUAAUAUUCCUUAUAGCCAAGCAGAUCUGCCUUUGCUGCCAAUGAACACUGGGAUUCCUAUAAGUGUUAAUGAUCCUGAUACACUCUUAGGAAACAUAGGAUACAAGAUGGAAGGUAUUGAUAAGUAUAAAAGCCAUCCCAAUUUGUUAUUCGAUCAUUGCCAACUCGGAAUAAACAGUUCAUAUGAAGAAGAAAAUGAACAGGAUUCACCUUCAAUCGAAAAAGUCGAAAUUGCUGAUGAAAAUAUUGAGGAUUUAAGUGGCCAAGAUAUCGCUCAAGAAAAUUAA